GUCCGCGUCGCCCCGUGGCCCCAUCGCCCCACUGCUUCGGAAAGGGGUGGGGGACCCGCAGCUACGUCACCGCCGGGAAGGAGGAGACCCCCCCGCCUGACCGCGUCACCGCAGGAGGAAGGGGGUUCCCCACGCUGAUACCGCUUGGGGGUGAGGGUGUAGGGCCUCCCCCCGAUGCCCCCGCCCUGGACCCCCCCUGCGCCCCCCCAACGCAGACCGCCCCCCCCAGCCCUGCUCUCCCCGCCCCGGGCCCGGCCCCCCUAGGCGGCCCCCGUGCAGCAGCGCGGAGCAGCCGCGGGGGGGCGCCGCGAGCCGCGUGCGGCGACUCCGGGGCGGUGUCGGGGGGGCGGGCAGCACCUCCCCCCGCCCCGCCCGCCCCGGCGGAGCGGCGUCGCCCGACGGAGAGGCCCCAGCCCGGCGGAGCGGCGCGCAGCAGCUGCCUACAGGAGACGCUCGGAGCCAGCAUGUCGCAGCCCAGUGCGCCCCCCCCGUACGACGACAAGAACCCCCUCUACCCACCGCCGCGGGGGGCCUACCCCCAGCCCCCCCACUAUGGCGGGGGGUACCCCCAGCCGGGUGGGUACCCCGCGGCGGGGGGGUACCCCCAGCCCGGCAUGGCCAUGCCCACUGUGCCCAUGCGGUUUGGUGACGGCUACGGUGGGGACGGCGCGGGGGACGGCACCCCUUUCCAGUCAGGCGACUGGGACGACAGGAAGGUCAGGCACACCUUCAUCCGCAAGGUCUACGCCAUCAUCUCUCUGCAGCUCCUGGUGACGGUGGGGAUCAUCGCCGUGUUCACCUUCGUCUCCCCUGUCCGCUCCUUCGUCCAGAGGAACGUCGCCGUCUACUACGCCUCGUAUGCCGUGUUCCUGGUGACCUACCUGGUGCUGGCCUGCUGCCAGGGCCCCCGGAGACGCUUCCCUUGGAACAUCAUCCUGCUGGCCGUCUUUACGCUGGCCAUGGGGUUCAUGACGGGGACGAUCGCCAGCAUGUACAGGACCAAUGCUGUCCUCAUUGCUAUGCUCAUCACUGCCAUCGUGGCCGUCAUUGUCACCGUCUUUUGCUUCCAGACCAAGGUUGAUUUUACAUCGUGUCCUGGGCUCUUCUGCGUGCUGGGCAUCGUGGUCAUGGUCACGGGCAUCGUCACAGCCAUCGUCCUCUCCUUCAAAUAUGUUCCCUGGCUCCACAUGCUGUACGCGGCCAUCGGGGCCAUCGUCUUCACCCUGUUCCUAGCCUACGACACGCAGCUGGUGCUGGGGAACAGGAAGAACACGCUGAGCCCCGAGGAGUACGUCUACGGCGCCCUGACCAUCUACACCGACAUUAUGUACAUCUUCACCUCCAUACUGCAGAUCGUGGGCCGGGACUAGCGCCUGCCCCGCACCAGGCCCCUCUCCUCCUCGCCAACCUCCGCUUCUCUUCCUCUCCUCCACAAAGCUGCUCCUCUCCCCUCUCAUUCUCGCCCCAGGAGCCCGGCAGGGCAGCACGUGGCUGAGCCGGCCCAGUCAGUGCCCCACCAGCCGCUCUGGUGCUGGGGGUGCCUGCGGCCCCUCGGCCAAGCCCUGCAGCCCUCCCGCUGCUGCAGCCUGGCUCUGCGCCCCGCGCGGGGGCUGUCCCCAGGCCCCUCUGCCACUCAGCCCAGGGCUGGUGACCAGGACAUGGGGCUGCACUCAGUGCCAGAGCCCCUGCGAUCACAGGGUGGAGGGCGCAGCUCGGGCACAGGGGGCAAGUCUUCCUGGCAAAGGGGCUGUUUCCUAUGCUUGUAAGAAAGCAGCAAAGCCAGUGCCUGCGUGCACUAUACAGCCAGUUACCGACUCUCAGCCUGGUCCCAGGCUACUCCUAAUGCUUCAUCACCCCUACCCGUAGGCUAAGGAAAGGGCUUCCCUUGAUCCCCCCAGUCUCCGGAGACUGAGUGGUGGUGGGGGAACCAGCUGCCAGCGUUCAGCCAGCCGCGAGCCUCAGCGCCCGCUCCCCGAGGAGGUGCUGGUGUGUCGGCAGCGCUGCUGUAACGCUGUUCUGCACUGAACAGCCUUGUGCUUGCACGAGGCCAGAUGUGCCCGCCUGGCGUGGCGCCUCCUGCACGGCCAGGGGGCUGGCAGCACCAGCAAGCAAAGCCGAGCUGCCAUCUCACCCCAGGCUCCCAGGGAACAUGUUGGGCCCUGGCUUUUUGCAGUGAUGCACUGGCCUAAUUCAGCUUCAUUCACUCAGUGCCUUAAAUGCAGCUGUUCUGUGGCUGCCCCAUGGCUUGCUCAGCCCCCCGGCCCAGCCAUGCCGCCCCCCAAGCUGUGGCAGUGCCUGCUCUGGGCUGGAGGUGGCCAGGACCCCUGUGGUGGGAUUGGGGAUGUCUGUACAGAGCUCGUGUUACAGAGGACCCACAGCCACGGGAGCAGCUUGCCUGGCCCUCGGAUGUGGCCAAAGUUGCACUUGCUAAAUAAAACACUUUAAUUUUCCAAA